GCUGCAAUGCCAGGCUUGCAAAAACUUCUGUCUGAUGCUGAAUGUUUCCACAUCAUAUUAAACAGCCGUUGCCAAGGGGUGGAAGUUGCAUACCUACCAGCUGCUUCCGUUUCAUAUCUGGUCAAGAGUAAAUAGGAACUGAGGAGUGGCACUCCCAGUAGCUGCAUGACAGGUGAUGGAGGGAGGUGUCUGAAACAAAUAUUGGCUUACCUGAUCAAGUAGUUGACAACCCUGCCUAUAGCAGGGGGGUUGGAGCUUUAGGAUUUUAAGGUCCUUUCCAAUCUAAGCCAUUCAAUGACUGCCUUCCUCCCCCAUGUAUUUCCUGUCUCUAUCACAAGGGCUGCCUGUUGGAGACUGGGACUGAAUAAUAUCAGUUCUGUAUUAUUCAGUGUUCCUGUGCCAAACGUCUCCACCAUUUGUUUGGAAAUCUGAUAUCUGAUAUCCUGGGUGUUUCUGGACAUGCAUUCAUCUGUGGCCCAAUGUGCCAUCCUUAGGGCUGCUUUGCCUUCUCUUCUCUGGUCUUGCUCACCUCACUCAGCAGAAAACUGUCCCCUCUUUUUGAUGGACUAAUAGAAUGACUUUGUGGAGUCCUGUAGAGGUUUUCCUGGCUUUUGGAUCUAGGGAAAAGUGAGUAGCAGGAAAGCAGUCAGAGAAGUAAAGAAGCCAUCAGAGAGUAAACAUGGUUUAUGGCAACAGAACUAUCAUCAGAUGAGUUUGUGCAGUCAUCUGUAGACUCUGUCUAAAUAAUAACUGAGUGUUUUAGCACUGUGCUUGGUAUCAUUUUAAAUAAUUGAAAAUGUCGUGCUUUAAUGCGCUAAUGUGAAAUAGAUUUUAUCAUUUCUUAAUAUGAUAAUAUUUUCCUGUCUUUCAGGCUGAAGGUGGCCCAUUGUAAGGGUUAAUCAUCCGUCAAAUAUUUAAUAAUUGUUUGUUCAGAAAAUUUCCUGCAUUGUUCAUGGAGUUUUUCAUCAGUAUGUCUGAAACCAUUAAAUAUAAUGAUGAUGAUCACAAAACUGUGUUCUUGAAAACAUUAAAUGAACAACGUUUGGAAGGAGAAUUUUGUGACAUAGCUAUCGUGGUUGAAGAUGUUAAAUUCCGAGCACAUAGGUGUGUGCUUGCUGCCUGCAGUACCUACUUCAAAAAGCUUUUCAAAAAACUAGAAGUCGAUAGUUCCUCAGUAAUAGAAAUAGAUUUUCUUCGUUCUGAUAUUUUUGAGGAAGUUCUUAAUUACAUGUACACCGCAAAGAUUUCUGUUAAGAAGGAAGAUGUAAAUUUGAUGAUGUCUUCAGGCCAGAUUCUUGGUAUUCGUUUUCUGGAUAAACUCUGCUCUCAAAAACGUGAUGUAUCUAGUCCUGAGGAGAACACACAGUCCAAGAGCAAGUACUGUCUGAAAAUAAACCGUCCUAUUGGGGAACCUAAUGAUACCCAGGAUGAUGAGGUAGAAGAGAUUGGAGAUCACGAUGACAGUCCAUCAGAUGUGACAGUGGAAGGAACUCCCCCCAGUCAGGAAGAUGGGAAAUCACCAACCACUACCUUGAGAGUUCAGGAGGCGAUUCUGAAGGAGUUGGGAAGUGAAGAGGUUCGAAAGGUAAACUGCUAUGGCCAAGAAGUAGAGCCUAUGGAAACAACGGAAUCAAAAGACUUAGGAUCUCAAACCCCUCAGGCUUUGACAUUUAAUGAUGGCAUAAGUGAAGUGAAAGAUGAACAGACACCAGGCUGGACGACAGCGGCUGGGGAUAUGAAGUUUGAAUAUUUGCUUUAUGGUCACAGGGAACACAUCGUAUGUCAGGCUUGUGGUAAGACCUUUUCUGAUGAAGCACGACUGAGAAAACAUGAAAAGCUACACACUGCUGAUAGACCAUUUGUUUGUGAAAUGUGUACGAAGGGCUUUACCACACAAGCUCAUUUGAAAGAGCAUCUGAAAAUACACACAGGUUACAAGCCUUACAGUUGUGAGGUAUGUGGAAAGUCUUUUAUUCGUGCACCGGACCUAAAAAAGCAUGAAAGAGUUCACAGUAAUGAGAGGCCAUUUGCAUGCCACAUGUGCGAUAAAGCUUUCAAGCACAAGUCCCACCUCAAAGACCAUGAAAGAAGACACCGGGGAGAGAAACCUUUUGUCUGCAGUUCCUGCACUAAAGCAUUUGCUAAAGCAUCGGAUCUAAAGAGGCAUGAGAACAAUAUGCACAGUGAAAGAAAACAAGUUACUACAGCCAAUUCCAUCCAGAGUGAAACGGAACAGUUACAGGCAGCAGCUAUGGCUGCUGAAGCAGAGCAGCAAUUAGAAACUAUAGCUUGCAGUUAAAAAAAAAAUUC